GCCGCCGCCUCCGCGAGGCUGAGUCUCCGCGAGUCCGCGGCGCCGGCGCGUGGCUGCGGGAUGGGCACGCCGAGUUAGCGCCGCCACGGCGGCCGCCGUGGCCGCAGCGCCGCCGCCGGCCGCCGCCCCCGGGCCCGUCCCGCGCGCAGCGCCGGGCGCCGUCAGCCCGGCCCGGAGCCAGGCCCGCGGGCGGCGGCAGCAGCGGCAGCGGCCCCCGAGCUGGGCAGGUGGCCGCGGCUGGAAGAUGGCGCCCUCGGGCCCGGGCAGCGUGCGGCGGCGGUGCCGGCGGGUGCUGUACUGGAUCCCGGUGGUGUUCAUCUGCCUCCUGCUGGGCUGGUCCUACUACGCCUACGCCGUCCAGCUGUGCAUCGUGUCUAUGGAAAACAUUGGUGAACAAGUUGUGUGUCUAAUGGCUUAUCAUCUACUUUUUGCAAUGUUUAUCUGGUCAUACUGGAAAACUAUCUUUACAUUACCGAUGAAUCCUUCAAAAGAAUUCCAUCUCUCCUAUGCAGAGAAAGAACUAUUGGAGAGAGAGCCAAGGGGAGAAGCUCAUCAGGAAGUUCUUAGGCGAGCUGCCAGAGACCUUCCCAUCUAUACCAGGACCAUGUCUGGAGCAAUCCGCUAUUGUGACAGAUGCCAACUUAUAAAACCAGAUCGCUGCCACCACUGUUCCGUCUGUGAUAAAUGUAUCUUGAAGAUGGAUCAUCACUGCCCAUGGGUGAACAAUUGUGUUGGAUUUUCAAAUUAUAAAUUCUUCCUUCUUUUCUUGGCUUAUUCUCUUCUGUACUGCCUUUUUAUUGCUGCCACUGAUUUACAGUAUUUUAUCAGAUUUUGGACAAAUGGCCUACCUGAUACCCAAGCCAAGUUCCAUAUUAUGUUUUUAUUCUUUGCUGCAGCUAUGUUUUCUGUCAGCUUGUCUUCUCUGUUUGGUUAUCAUUGUUGGCUAGUCAGCAAAAAUAAAUCUACAUUAGAGGCAUUCAGAAGUCCAGUUUUCCGACAUGGAACAGAUAAGAAUGGAUUCAGCUUGGGUUUCAGUAAAAACAUGCGACAAGUUUUUGGCGAUGAGAAGAAAUACUGGUUUCUACCUGUUUUUUCAAGCCUAGGUGAUGGCUGUUCAUUUCCAACCUGCCUUGUUAACCAGGAUCCUGAACAACCACCCACUCCUGCAGGACUGAGUUCAGCAGCUAAAAAUCCUGAAAACCAUCAAUUUCCUGCAAAGCCAUUAAGAGAGUCCCAGAGCCAUCUCCUUACUGAUUCUCAGUCUUGGACAGAAAGCAGCACAAACCCAGAAAAAGGCAAAGCUGGUAUGAGUAACCCUGCAUUAACCAUGGAGAAUGAGACUUAAUUCUUAAGGUAAAAUAAGUUCAUAUUUUUAAAAAGUACUAAUGAUACAGAAGGAUGAAAGAGGCUUCUCACAGGAAGGCACCAUCUGCCACUUGUGAUUGUAUUAUACUUUGGGGCAGAUUUUUUUGUUCAUUUAUUUUUGUUUCUUCCAUACUGGGAAAUCUAACCCAGAGCUUUGUGCUUGCAAGCACUGUACAACUGGGCUACAUAAAGCAUAACAUGUUUUGAUCCAAUAUAUAUACAUUGUUACACAAUUCCUAUUAUGUAUUAAAAGUAAUUGUGGUUUAGUUAUCAAAGGGGAAACAUCAUCUAUUAAAAACUGGGGAUAAAUUCAUAGGUCAGUUUUUACGAGCUUAAUCCCAUAAAAAUCCCAUUAGCUAUUUGGGUUUUCUGAUUCAGAAAGUGUGGGCUAAUGGACAAAAAUUGAUACAUUCAAGUUACAUUAUAAUUUUAAGCUUAAUUUGUGAAAUUUAUUCACUACCUUUAAAGAGAAGGUAAAAAUCAGACUUAACAUUGAUUUUUCCCUCUAUGUGAAUCUAAGCCUCAGACUGAGAGAGUUCUAGCAAAGUGAAUAUGGCCAUCCAUUUUUGCCAGAUGUUAAUUAAAAUUUGAAUCACUUCUCCUUUCUGGAAAGUAAGCAUUGAAACUUGAGCUUACUAUUCAAAGCAAUUACCUAGAAAACUUUUCUCAGAACUAAGAAUGUUCUGACAAAAGAAUUCUAUUAUAUCAGAAAUAUAUUUUCAUCUCUUCUAAUCUUAAAUUGGUGGGGCAAGAAAUCUAUUAUAACAAUUAUGAAGACUGAAUUACAAUAUUCUUUUGUUUGGCUUUUAUAAAAUCUCUUCUUCAGGUUAUUUCUUUUAUUGGAUAGAUGUAUUUAAUCGUUGUUGAGAAUUCCUUAGAGAUCAAUAGAUUAUUUCUCCAGUGAUGUCUAUAUUAUUUCUAUAUCUUCCUAAAAUAUAACAAUCUGUAUUUUUCUUUAAAUUCAUAUCAGGAUUAAAUUAUACAAAUCAUUAAACAAAACCAUACACUUUUGGAAAUUUAGUUCAAUAUGAACUAAAUGGUGUGCUGUCUGGAAAUUAGUUUAAGAUAAGCUAACAUGAUGUGUCUGUUGAUGCCAAAAUGUUUGGCUUCAAUAAACAUAUUCAGAAGCUCCUGUGCCUUGUAUGCACUAUUUAAAAAAAAAUCUCACGUAAAAAAACAACACUUGAAUGGCUCUUAAGUUUUGUAAAUGCUAACAACUAGAAUAAUAAGGUAUAUAAUUUCUUUGGUAGUGAUUUUGAGAAUGUACCUAUUAAAAACAGCUAAGUAAUUGGUGUAAAUAUGUUCAACACACCAUAAGCUAGAUCAGGAAGUAAAAGAUCCAUGCAAUUGCUAAUCUGUGCUUUUAAAAAAUAUAUAGUUUUAUAUUAAAUAUGUUUAUUCCAGCUGAGUCCAUUUUACAGUUCAUUUCAGUGCAAUUGUUUAAACUCUAGAAUGGCCAUUAUUUGCACUUUUUUUCUUAUUCAAGUGUUUGAUCUGACAAUCUGCUUUAAAAAAUCUUAAAGAUAUAGUUUUACUUUUAUCUUGAAAGUUUUUGGUCAUUUGUCAUUACCUGAAGUGCCAGACUAGACCCUCUAACUCUUGCUAUUAGUCCUAAGGGGCAGUAGCCACAUAUGCUAUAUUAAGAAUUAUGUGCAGCCAAGUGUUUGGGGAAGCACAGCAGUACUGCAGCUGUUUUCUUUGACAUUCUGUUAAAUAUUUCUUGUCCAAAGGAAGCUAGGGGGGAAGGGAGGGAUUUUUAUCAUUUACCCUGCUAGAAUACUGUUAACUCUUCCUCCAAGUCUUUGGGGUAUACGUUAGAUUUGGAUAAGUUUUAAAAAAAAUAAACUUUUUUUCCAUUAACUUCUAAUGGUUCCCUUUCUGUUUUUAUGUAGUGAAUUGCCCUUUAAAGGGUCUUUUGUCCAGGUUUGUUCUUAAUUGUAGGCGAUGUUUGAAUUUGGAGGUAACUGAAGAGCUCAUGAAGUAUUACAUAUUCAGUAUAACUUUGCCUGAGUGAACAAAGCACCACAUAAAUAUAUCUACAUUUCAUACAUUUUUCAAAAUUUACCCUACAAACGUUUUAAGUAUCUUUAUUUAAAAGAUGGAAUGGCUUAAAUCAAGCCUGAAAACACUCCUUAUCUUGAUUCUCCUUUAAAAUGUUGUUGUAUUUCUCCUGACUUGACAUUUUUCAUUUUAAAAUACUAAACAGAUGUUUCAUUUGCAUGUGCUAAGGUUUGCUAGGGGAGAUAAUUUCUUCAGUGAUAAAGAAUAUUGGAGUAUGAUGAUGAAGCAUUCAAGAAGUUCAUACUCAUGAAUUUGCUCCUCACCUUUACUCUUAUCAUUAGCUAUCUGAAAUUUUGCCUGCA